AUGGGGUGGACAGCAGAGGAGCUGACGCAAAAAUCCAUGGAAGAUCAAGGAGACUGGUACAUCUACCACAACCUGUCUUUCACCCCGGCUGAUCCUUGCACUUCUCCCCGGGACGCGAGCGGGAUGGCUACUGCCAACGGCGGCCGGUUCCUGCUCAACUUGGGCGGCGUAUUCUAUACGCACGACAAGAGCGGACGCCCGAUCGGACACCGCUUUAGCGCCAUCCGCAGCUUCGAUCUCUGCGAGAAGGCCUGGGCCAUUGAGGGAGAUUUGGGGAUGGAUACCUUCGCCUUGCAGACGGCGGCCAGCCAGAA